AUGGAUCUAAAUAAUAAUACAGCUCAAUUAAAUAAUGGCUUUAAAAGGUUUUUAAUGCCAGAAUAUUCGAUUCCUGUCACCUUUGGCCUUUUGGGCUUAAGCUCCUUUAAGUUUUUUAAAUGCAUGAAGUAUAUGUAUAUAAUUAAUCAUAUGAAGAGAAAACUAAGUAAAGCCCUUCCAGUAAAAUUAUUGGCUAAAGAAUCUCCUAAUUACUCUCUUGCUUACGCUUCUGGUAAGAUUUAAUAUGAUCCUAACAUAUCAGUGAUUGAUUACCACUUUGGUGUAAAACCUGUUGAUGAUGAAUCUAUUGGGAUAUAUAGAAAGGUAGAUGUUUAUAACUAAACAAAUAUUUAAGGUAAUACCCAGUUUGUAAACUAUGAGGAAAGAUCUUUUUUUGCUUCUGUUAAAGAUUACAACAAUGUUUAUAUUUCAAACUAAGUUUUUACUAAAGGCUAGAUAAGCUUAGAAGAUCAUAAAAUUGCUGAUUCACUAAUCAAAGAAUAUGCAAGGGAAAAUAUGAAGCAAAUUUCUAUAGAGGAAGAAGAAAUUAGGAAUUAUGUUGAAUAAAAUUUUAAGCUUAAAGAGGAGGAAGAAGAAAAAGAAAAGGAAGAAGCUGAUUUACUCAUAAAAGGUGGAAUUCACAACGAAGAAUCUCAUCCUUUAAGGUAGCUAAACAAAAGAUAGUUAAUAUUCAAAGAUAAUUAUAUUUAUUUUCAAAAGACGCCUGAUUAGCUUUCUUAAGGUGAUGUAAGGAUAUCAUUUUAUGAGAUUGGUAAGGUUGAUACUUUAACUAUCCUCGCUGGCAAAAAAGAAGAUUAAUUAUAAGCUAUUUCUUUUACGUUUAACGGGUUCGAUCACUUUGCAAGAAGAAUUUUAUUAGGAAAAACGGCUAAGAAUGUUUGGCCUGUGAAAAUAAAAUAUAUAUGUGAAGGAAUUAUUCCCUUUUAAGAUCUACUUUCAAGUAUCAAUUAUUAAGUUUAGAGAGAUGAUAGAUUCUUCAAAUUAUUUUAUUUUGUUAUAAUUUAUUUGCUAUACAACUAUUUGGAAUCAGAAAUAGCUCUCCUUCCUGAAAAUCAUUCUUACAAAUUGGUUUAGCAAUACCAAACUAUCAAAUAAGUGAUUGAUUUCGAAUUACUAAGAAAAAUAUUUUCGUUUGAUGAUGCUCUUAAUAAUUUUGCAGACGAUUCUAAAAUGUUAGCAGCUUUGCAUUAUGCCUUCACUGCUUUAUUUAUUCGUCUUGGAAUGGUAUUAUUUGGCGCUAUAGCUUAUUUUAACUUUCAUUCACGCUAUAAAGAAAUUACUUAAUAAAAAUAGCUAAAAAAUCAACAACAUAAUGAGUAAAAUAAUAUAAAUGUUUGA